AUGGACAAGCUGCCCCCCUCCAUGCGCAAGAGGCUCUACAGCCUGCCCCAGCAGAUCGGACCCAAGGCGUCGAUCAUGGACGAGGAGGAUGACAGCGACAAGGACACCCGCAGGAAAAGCAUCAGGCUCAAGCCACUGCCUUCGCCCUCUGCUGGGAGCACCCGGGCCCUCGGGGGGGACCCCGGCCGAGGGGGAGACCCCGGCCUGCUGGAGACGGAGGCCGGCGGCAAGGGCGCCAAGACCAGCACCAACGGGGACUGCCGCCGCUUCAAAGGGAGCCUGUCCUCGCUCACCAGCAGGCACCUCCACGACGCGGCCGAGGAGAAGCGGCUCAUCGGCGGCGAGGGGGAGCCGGCCUCUCCCGGGGAGGACAAGAGCCCCCCCGGCAGCGGGGAGCUGGAGCAGGGGCUGCCUGUGCCCCCACCGCCCGCCUCCCCCCCGGAGCCCCAGCAGCCGCCCCCCCGGGCCUGCUCCUCGACCUCCAUCAAAGUGGAGGGAGGUGGAGGGUGCGACCAGAUCACCCCAGAUGAGGAGCAGAGGCUCGGCCAGGCCGGUUUCAUGCAGAGGCAGUUCGGGGCCAUGCUCCAGCCGGGGGUCAACAAAUUCUCCUUGAGGAUGUUUGGCAGCCAGAAGGCCGUGGAGAGAGAGCAGGAAAGAGUUAAGUCUGCCGGGUUCUGGAUCAUCCAUCCCUACAGCGACUUCAGGUUUUACUGGGAUCUGACCAUGCUGCUGCUGAUGGUAGGGAACCUGAUCAUCAUCCCUGUGGGCAUCACUUUCUUCAAAGAUGAAAACACCACCCCGUGGAUUGUCUUCAACGUGGUUUCGGACACGUUCUUCCUCAUCGACCUUGUCCUCAACUUCCGGACAGGCAUCGUGGUGGAGGACAACACCGAGAUCAUCCUGGACCCGCAGAGGAUCAAGAUGAAGUACCUGAAGAGCUGGUUUGUGGUGGAUUUUAUCUCCUCCAUCCCCGUGGACUACAUCUUCCUGAUCGUGGAGACGCGCAUCGACUCCGAGGUGUACAAGACGGCGCGGGCCCUGCGCAUCGUGCGCUUCACCAAGAUCCUCAGCCUGCUGCGCCUGCUGCGCCUCUCGCGCCUCAUCCGCUACAUCCACCAGUGGGAGGAGAUCUUCCACAUGACCUACGACCUGGCCAGCGCCGUGGUGAGGAUCUUCAACCUCAUCGGGAUGAUGCUGCUGCUGUGCCACUGGGACGGCUGCCUGCAGUUCCUGGUGCCCAUGCUGCAGGACUUCCCCGACGACUGCUGGGUGUCCCUCAACCGCAUGGUGAACGACUCCUGGGGGAAGCAGUACUCGUAUGCCCUGUUCAAGGCCAUGAGCCACAUGCUGUGCAUCGGCUACGGGCAGCAGGCGCCGGUGGGGAUGUCGGACGUGUGGCUCACCAUGCUCAGCAUGAUCGUGGGGGCCACCUGCUACGCCAUGUUCAUCGGCCACGCCACCGCCCUCAUCCAGUCCCUGGACUCCUCGCGCCGCCAGUACCAGGAGAAGUACAAACAGGUGGAGCAGUACAUGUCCUUCCACAAGCUGCCCGCCGACAUGCGGCAGCGCAUCCACGACUACUACGAGCACCGCUACCAGGGCAAGAUGUUCGAUGAGGAGAGCAUCCUGGGGGAGCUGAGCGAGCCCCUGCGUGAGGAAAUCAUCAACUUCAACUGCCGCAAGCUGGUGGCCUCCAUGCCCCUGUUUGCCAACGCAGACCCCAACUUUGUGACGUCCAUGCUGACCAAGCUGAAGUUCGAGGUGUUCCAGCCCGGGGACUACAUCAUCCGCGAGGGCACCAUUGGCAAGAAGAUGUACUUCAUCCAGCACGGGGUGGUCAGCGUCCUCACCAAGGGCAACAAGGAGACCAAGCUGGCUGAUGGCUCCUACUUUGGAGAGAUCUGCCUGCUGACGCGCGGCCGGCGCACGGCCAGCGUGCGCGCCGACACCUACUGCCGCCUCUACUCGCUGUCCGUGGACAACUUCAACGAGGUUCUGGAGGAGUACCCCAUGAUGAGGAGAGCCUUCGAGACCGUGGCUCUGGACAGGCUGGACAGGAUUGGCAAGAAGAACUCCAUCCUUCUGCACAAAGUGCAGCACGACCUCAACUCGGGGGUGUUCAACUACCAGGAGAACGAGAUCAUCCAGCAGAUCGUGCAGCACGACCGGGAGAUGGCUCACUGUGCCCACAACGUGCAGGCCGCCGCCGCCGCCGCCUCCACGCCCACGCCGGUCAUCUGGACGCCGCUGAUCCAGGCCCCGCUGCAGGCCGCCGCCGCCACCACCUCGGUGGCCAUCGCCCUGACCCACCACCCGCGCCUGCCCACGGCCAUCUUCCGGCCGCCCGUGUCCGUGCUGGGCUCGCUGGGCCAGCAGCCCAACCAGACCCCCAGGCAGCUGAAGAGAUUCCAGUCGCUCAUCCCAUCCUCCGCCGGCCCCUCUGCCGUGGGCUCCCCGUCCAGCACCCCGUCCCAGCUGCACACGCCGGGCGCGGAGACGCCCUCGUCCUCCUCCUUCCACAUCCAGCAGCUCGCCGGCUUCUCGGCCGCCGCCGGCCUGGGCCAGUUCCAGGUGGGGUCCCCUCCGGGGGGCUCCGGCCAGCCGGGGCUGAGCAGCACCUCCUCGGCGGGGCUGAGCCAGUUCCACAAUGCACCCUCUGGGUCACCCUUAGGCGCAGCUCAGCCCCUGCAGCAGCAGCAGCAGCAACAGCAGCAGCAGCAGCAGCAGCAGCAGCAGCAGCAGCAGCAGCAGCCAGCCCUCUCCAGCAGUGGAUUUGGGCACUUCCAGCAAGCCACAGCCAGCUCCCCAUCGACAUCGCUCACGCAGCUCUCAUCAAACUCCCCCCCAAGUCUCCUGAACCAGUUCCAGCCCUCCACCAGACCACUGCAGGGGGGACAGUCGCAGCAGCUCUCGGGCAGUGGGACCCUGGGGGGAUUGAACCACUUCCAAGCCCCUCCUUCUUCCAACUCUCCAUCCUCCAGCCUAAGCCAGCUGGCGCAGGCCUCGGGCGGGCCGUCCGCGGGCCUGUGCCAAACACAUCCAAGUGCUUUAGGAUCUCUGACUGGAACGAUAGCCCAGCUCCACCAAGAGCGGCCUCCCUUCGCCUCCGCGUCCCCGCUCCAGCAGCCCGGCAUCGCCUCUCCCUGUUACACCCCUUCUGGCCUUAGUCCUCCCAGUCAGAGCCCGGUGGCCACCAGAACUUUCCAGAGUGGCCCCGCGGGGGCCUCGGGCUCGCACGGCUCGCUGCUGCUGCCGCAGCCCGCCAGCCCCCCGGCCCAGGCGCUGCCGGCGCGCCUCAACCAGGACAUCAAGCUGAUUUCUGCGUCCCAGCCCUCUCUGCCCCAAGAGCUGGCUCAGACUCUGGGCCGCCACAGCUCUCCUCAUUCCUCUAGAGAAUCUGUUUCCAGCUUCUCCCCUUUCCCCGGCGGCGGGAGCGGACUCCUGGGGAAGCCUUGCAGCUCCAUCCCCGGGCGGGUGACGCUGCCACGCCAGAUGUCCUCAGGUUCUCUGCCACACCCGCUGGCCUUCGCAGCCGGCGCCGCUGCCCUGGCUGCGGGCGGGCGGAAAGAGUCCAUAGUGCUCACGGGGGAUCUGGAGCCUGUCAGGUCCAAACUGCCCUCCAAUUUGUGA